AUGUACAAGGUAUUGGAGCGCAUUAUCCUGGGCCGACUCAUCAAACAUCCUAAAGAAACAACGCGCAAUGAGCAAGCUGGCUUCCGUUCUGGUCGAUCUACGAUUGAUCAGGUGUUCCUCGUCAGGAGAGUGAUCGAAAUCCGGCAGCGGUAUUCGAAGCUAAUGCAAUUAGCUUUUCUGGACUUUGAAGACGCGUUCGAUUCUCCUCACCGAGGCCGUCUUCUCAACGCGCUUCGCGCCGAUGGAGUACCAGGAAAGUUCGUUCUCUUGCUUGAUGACAUGAAUCAACGAACAACUGCUGCAGUUCGAACACCAGCCGGAUAUACAGCACCGUUUGAGGUGGUAACUGGAGUAAGACAAGGGGCAGUGGAAGGACCCUUCCUGUUCAAUUUCGCCAUCGACAACAUUAUGCGAAGAACAGUAGAUCAGUGUUCUGCCGAUAUCAUUCUAGCACCAUCAGGACGCCCCUUGACUGACCUCGAGUACGCCGACGAUGUUGUUGUAUUCGCGGAAAGCAGUACGAAACUUCAACAUGUUGUCAACCUUGUACCAAAGCUGGCUGCAGCCUAUGGACUACGUCUACGCCCUGGUAAAUGCAAGCAGAUGUGGAUCUCUUCGAGACCUCGAACGGGAAUCAGGGUGGACGGACAACUGAGCUGA